UCAAAGCGUAUUUAAACGCAAGCUAAUAACAAAAGAAAAAGGGGAAAUCUGAUCAGAUUUUCUCGCCGGAAUAUUCCUUUUUCUCAGGAGAGCAAAUCAAAAGGGCACAAUAUUUUAAUACAAACGGUCAUUUGUGGUUGGUGGUCAUGCACCUUAUUCGUGAGAAUCUAUUUAUUGGAAACAUAGGAGAUGCUGCUGAAGUUUUGCAAAAUGGUAGCACAGAGAUCACACACAUUCUAUCUGUUCUGAGCUCUGCAUCAAUAUCAUUUUUCUCUGAAUGGCGUAGUGGUCUCACAAUCCCUACCAAGGAAAUUAAAAAGGUAUAUGUAGGUGGGUCUCGUGAUGCUGCAGCUCCCGCGGAUCAUUCACAUGAUGAUUCUAAGAGUUCUUUGGCACCCCAGAAGCUGUUGUACUUGUUGGAAUAUGCAGGGAAGGAUUUGAAACUGGUGAGAAUGGCAAUGCCAAUUAGAGAUAUGGAGAGCGAGAAUUUGUUGGAUUACCUAGACCCAGGUCUUGAUUUCAUUGAUCAAAGCAGAAAAGAGGGAUCUGUUUUGGUGCAUUGCUUUGCUGGAGUGUCAAGAAGUGCGGCUAUAAUUAUGGCAUAUUUGAUGAGAACCGAGCAACUAUCUCAAGAAGAUGCCCUUGAAUCUCUAAAGCUAAGUUGCCAGUUUGUUUGCCCUAAUGAUGGGUUUUUAGAGCAGUUGAAAAUGUUUGAAGGAAUGGGUUACAAGGUUGAUCACGCUAGCCCAAUAUACAAGCGAUUUCGCUUGAAAGUUUUGGGUGAUUGUUAUAACCGAGGAGAAAAAAUAGACAGUUCUAAAUUAGGUGCUGAUCCCGGCUUGCCUAUCGAAAGUUCCUCUGUUGUUGAGGCAUCUCCAAAAGAAGGUAUUAACCGCAUUGCAUACCGUUGCAAGAAAUGCAGAAGAAUUGUAGCAUUGCAGGAAAAUGUUGUUGAUCAUACUCCCGGCGAGGGUGAGACAUCUUUUGAGUGGCAUAAACGGAGAAGUGGUAAUCCUUUCAACAAGUCUGCUCAAUCCGAGUGUUCAUCGAUAUUUGUUGAACCCUUGCGGUGGAUGACAAUCGUUGAAGAAGGUGGGAUCGAGGGGAAGUUGUCGUGCGCUCAUUGCGAUGCUCGCUUGGGUUAUUUCAAUUGGUCAGGCAUCCAAUGCAGUUGUGGAAGCUGGAUCACACCUGCCUUUCAGCUGCAGAAAAGCCGAGUUGACAUAAGCACGGUGUAGUAUCAUCUACCAUAUAUACCUUAAACCGAAUCCGUAAACUGCUGGUGUUUCAUAAUAAUAAGUUACAGAAUUGGAAUUCCCUUGCACAAAUUAUAUGAGAUGUUCUUAUGGAUCUACUGUUAUAUAAGGGAACAAAAUGAGCUGUUAAAAGUUGGUCAAAGCUAUGAUGUUUUGAGGAUCUGUCUGAAUAAUUUGAGAGAUUGAAUAAUAUGCAGUCUUGCACUUUGGUACACAGUUGAAUCUGUAAUUUGCAUUUUGGU